AUGACUGCAUCAGGCUUGGCCAAUCGUUUACUAAUUGGACAGGAAAUACAGUUUAUUCGCAUUGACGAUAGUGACGAAGCAAUAAAGCAUAUGGAUAAUGAAACACUUAAGGAAAUAAAAAACUAUAAUAUGUAUGCGAAUGAUUCGUUAUUGCCGUAUUUACUUGGAAAUUUUGUCGUAAUUAAUUAUAUUAUGAUUCCAAAAUCCAUCACUUCAAAUCCAGUGCGCUUGUAUAGAUUAGUAAACAUACCGCAGUUUCUACCUAAUCAGAACAAAGCACAACAAACAAAAAACUUGCCAGAAACAUUUGGAUUAGCUGCUGAUGGAAGCUUUUAUGAAUAUGGAAGCGAGAAUGAACGUAAUCACAAUAACGAACGUAAUAACGGAAACUGUAUCCGUGGACCAAUUACUUUUUGUAGAGAACAUGUGCUAGAACGUGACAUGAUCAUUAAUAAAUGUUUAGCUGAAAUAAUAAAUAACAAUCACAAUAAUUUCCCAAUUCAGAAAGGCAAAACGGCGGGUGAAACUGAACAAGUAUUGUUAGAUACGCCUUACAGCAGACAUUUAUACAGCAAUUUAUGGAUUUUAUCGACGAAUAAAGAAUUGGACUGCACUAGCUCACAGAAGACAUCUGACACUCAAAUCCCUUCAAGUGGUGGUGAAGAUGCUUGCCGUGUUCAUGUGACUGAUAUAGCUAUAUUACGAACAAAUUGUUUCCAAAAGUCUGAUUGUAACGAUUUCACAUUUUACAGCGGAAACUACUGUGAUGACGUGAAAAAGCUAGGUGUAAUAAACCAGCAAGUUUGUUUUGAACAUCGUAUGGAAAUCGCAAUACCAACCAUAGAUAAAGAUCAACUUCUUGAUGGUUUUCGUUAUCGUCGUGCAAAUAAAAGUCAAGUUACGUGGCGUUGUGUUAAAAAUAAUUGUUCUGGUCGUGUAACUUUUGAUGGUACACAAUAUAUUAAAUUAACUGACCAUAGUCAUGCACCAAAUCCAGACGAAAUAAUAGCUGCCGAAUUUAACUCAAAGAUUAGUGAACGUGCAAUAACAUCACAUGAUCCACCUCGACGAAUUAUAAAUGAAGCAUUAUUAGAUGUUCAUAAAGAUGAUGGAACAGCUAUACCCAGUUAUACAGCAUCACAACAUACUAUUGAACGCAAACGUAAAAAAGAUGACAUACCAUUACCAAGACCAACAUCAUUCGAAGAUAUAAGUAUUUCACAGCAAUUAACAGUAACCAAUGGUGGUGAUCGGUUUUUAUUAUAUGAUAAUGAAGACAGUGACCAGACUUAUCCCUUUUUCUGA